AGCGACUGUAUAUGUCGGACUACUCACUUCGUCAUAUAAGUUUUUUUUAUUUAAAUACUGUCAAUUUAGUCAAUAAAUGAAACAUUACUUGUUCAAGUAAGAAUUUCAUCCGCCAUUUUGUAAAACUAAUCGCACAAAAUGGCGAACAACUACACGGAUUAUGAAAUCGGGCCAAUGGCUUUUCCUUUGAAAAUGGUGUCAAAGGAGGUAGUAGACCACAUGCUCGGCUGGAACAUCCCAGAAGAACAUCAGGACCUGGUGCACGACCACUGGCGCAACUUCCCCGCAGUCAGCAAGUACUGGCACUAUAUGUUGGCGCUCAUCUACACCAUGCUAAUGCUGACCUCUCUCACAGGCAACGGCAUCGUUAUCUGGAUAUUCAGCACUUCAAAAUCCCUCCGCAGCGCGAGCAACAUGUUCGUGAUCAAUCUGGCGGUGUUCGACCUGAUGAUGAUGCUGGAGAUGCCACUCCUCAUCAUCAACUCGUUCUACCAGCGGCUGGUGGGCUACCAGCUCGGCUGUGACGUCUAUGCAGCAUUAGGCUCAUUGUCCGGUAUCGGGGGAGCCAUCACGAACGCUGUCAUUGCUUUUGAUAGAUAUAAAACGAUCUCGUGCCCCCUGGACGGCAGGAUAAACAGAGUACAAGCGAGUCUACUGAUAGCGUUUACGUGGUUGUGGGCGAUGCCGUUCACCAUCCUCCCGACGCUGAGGAUCUGGGGCCGGUACGUUCCAGAGGGCUUCCUUACCACUUGCUCGUUCGACUAUUUCACCGACGACCAAGACACGAAGGUGUUUGUCGCCUGCAUCUUCGUGUGGAGCUACUGCAUCCCAAUGUCGCUCAUCUGCUACUUCUACUCUCAACUCUUUGGCGCUGUGCGCCUACACGAGCGAAUGCUACAAGAACAAGCGAAGAAGAUGAACGUAAAGUCACUGGCAGCUAACAAAGAUGAUGCUGGCAAAACUGUUGAGAUCCGCAUAGCUAAAGUGGCGUUCACAAUAUUCUUCCUAUUUAUAUGUGCGUGGACGCCGUACGCUAUAGUCGCCAUGACUGGCGCCUUUGGAGACAGGAGCCUGUUGACACCCGUGGCGACUAUGAUCCCCGCCGUGUGCUGCAAGGUGGUAUCCUGUAUAGACCCGUGGGUAUAUGCCAUCAAUCACCCCAGAUACAGGGCGGAGCUGCAAAAACGCCUUCCCUGGAUGGGAGUCCGCGAACAAGAUCCGGACAGCGUGUCGACUUCCACCAGCGUUGUCACAGCGACCUCCCAGCCUCAACCCACCCCCGCCACCGAGGCCUGAACUGAUGUUCAGCCUUAUGAUUAAGGCUUCUUCAUCUAUCCUAGGAAGCUCCACAUCGAAUAAUACCAACAUACCGGCAGUAUGCUUAGCGAUAACCAGCCUUCUUCCAAAAAUGAUCACAUAUCAUUAAGAAACAGCUAAAAAUGCAAUUUGAAAGCUUGAUUGAGUUUGGAUUCGAAAAGAAACACUCAAAAAUUUACACUUAUAAAAUUGCAACUAUUAAAAAAACUUUCCGGAAUUAUGAUCAUAGUUAUCUAUAUAUCUGUUGAGGUUAAAAUCAGGUCAAGUUAAGAAGCUUAUGAUGUUAACCUCAAAAGAUAUCGCUAGGUAUGUUUAAGUAGGCAAAACGCUUAAAACUAUUGGCCACUAAGUAAAACAAUAACAUUGCUAUUAUAUUAUGAGCAAGUAAAUAUAAUUUAACCGAAAAGCUUUAACUGUUUUCCGUCCAAACGAAAAUAACGAUAAGAUUAUUUAUUUGCAAAAACAUGAGUUUACUUUUUUACAAUGUGGUGUUAAAAGAAAAACUGUAUGUCUGAAUAAAAUAAGUAGUAAAAAUUCGAAUUGCCUCAGCAACUUCCAACGUAAACUCAAAUCGACGACUGUAGCUAGCGACUAACAAAGGACUUCGACAAUGUUGAAUAUGUUUUUUACGAAGCAAAAUAAUAAAAUAUAAAAAAAAAUUACGACUGACCCCGACGACAAAGGCAUGUUAACUAUAAUAUAAAGUUCUGCAAAUUA